CUACAAGGUGAAGAGCACGCGUUGUCCUCUCUGGAAUCGCCCGACGUAAAUUCCUAUUUUACAUGCUGUUAAAACUACUAAAGUAGUAGAGAUCUGUAUGCUCCAGUGUACACAGUAACGAAAUGCAUAAAUUCCUGAUUAUUAUUGUUAAUGUGAUCUUGGUUAAAAAUAUUUAUCCACAACGUAUUAUUGGAAACUCUUGCACUCAUGAACGAUCUAACUCUCCAGGAGUGUGUAAACUAUUAACACAUUGUAAGAGAAUUCGAGAUGAAGUAGUGUUUUCCUACGAACUGCCUCAAACUUGUGGUUUCCAAGGCACCCAACCCAUAGUCUGUUGCCCAAACCCUCGACAACCAGGUUCCAUAAGCGAAACUAAAUGUCGAGAAUAUAGUUCGCACACAAAAGAAGAACAGCUAUGUGGACACAAUAUUGUAAAACGUGUCCUUGGAGGAAUACCAAUUGGCAGAACUGAGUUCCCCCAUAUGGCGAUGAUAGGAUUUCAGACCGGAAGUUCUGACAAUUUACGGUGGUUAUGUGAAGGAUCUCUUAUCAGCGAACAAUAUAUUUUGACAGCAGCAGAUUGUUUGAUUUCCGAAACAGAUGGUGAACCAACAGUGGUGUUGUUAGGGGUCACUAAUCUUAAUGACACUAACAAACGACAGGAAAUAAAAAUUGUCACCAAUGUAGUACAUCCAGAAUACAAAAAUGUAUCCCGUUAUCACGACAUAGGACUAGUAAAACUUGAAAAACCAAUAGAAAUGAGUUCCUACGUGCGUCCGGCAUGUCUUAAUACACACUUUGACAGUCCUGUUGGAGCAGCUGUUGCCACUGGAUGGGGUCUUACACAUUAUGCAGAAAAUAACAGUGAACAUUUACUCAAAGUAACACUAGAUAUUGCAAAAUAUGAUCUCUGUAAAAAGAAUUAUGAAGUCACUAGUAAUCUAAGUAGAGGAAUCAUAAAUGAUAUGCAUAUAUGCACAGGGAGAGAUGAAGAUCGAACGGGUAUUUGUCAGACUUGUGCUGGUGGUCCGCUGCAAAUAUAUCACAAUAACGAUCCCACUUUAUGUAUGUACGACAUAGUUGGCGUGACUUCGUUUGGUAGAGGAUGUUCCAUAAACACUCGAGUAUCUCACUACAUUAAGUGGAUUGAAGAUGUAGUUUGGCCUGAGAGUGGUCAAUAAAAUCGGUUAUUUUAAAUGAGACCUUGUAUUGCAAUCAUCACUCCAUUCGGAAAUAAUUGACAAAUAAAACUUUUCUCGUUUUCCCAUU